AUGAUUACACUCGAGUCACACACUGCGACAUGCGAAGACUGUUGGGCAAGGGGAGACAGGCGCAUAAGCGAGGAGUGGGUCAAUGUCGACCCAGAUUGCGAAAGCGACACAGACAGGAAUGCUAUAAGCUCAGACGAUGAAGAUGGCUAUCUCAAGGCCGAAGUAUUCCUAUGCUCCCGGCCCUCAACACCACAAUUGUACUAUGAGAUUCAUUCGGCUUUGUGUCCUGUAAUAGAGGACAAUGAUUUCGAUUUGACCAGGGCCUGUGACCCGGUGCAACUUGGAUCAAUGGGGAGGGACUAUCGAGCAAGGCGAAACAAGAUGACAUCAUCCGAAUGUUUAUCAGAUGGCGAGUCUGAUGGCGCCGACUCUUUUGCUUCUUGUGAAGAAUAUAUCAACGAAGAAACCCCGGAGGAGGAACAGCUCGACCGUGGAGAUACUGAGAACAAUGAUGUCUACCAGAGUAUGGUGGGCCCUCAUGUUAGGCCUAAAAGUCCGAUCAAGAGCUUGGAGGACCAAUCACUGCUGUUCUAUGACUUAGCGCAAGAGUACUACCCAACAGAAUAG